AUGCCUCGGGAUAUCAUAGCGGUGGAGGACUUCUCGGAACUGAACGUGGAACCCGCGUUGAUGGCUAACAUUGAGCGCUGUGGGUACCAAAAGCCAACACCCGUGCAGCGCUAUGGGAUCCCAGUGGCGAUUGCGGGGAAUGAUCUCAUGGCGUGCGCGCAGACGGGUUCUGGCAAGACAGCUGCCUUUUUGAUCCCGAUAGUGCAGCAUAUCCUGGUAAAGGGGGUCUCACCUGCGUAUCGCGGUGUCUGCUACCCGAUCGGCUUGAUCAUGGCCCCCACUCGGGAGCUUGCCCUUCAAAUCUACGAUGAGGUCCGCAAGUUAACCUUUCGGACGGACAUCUUUUAUGACGUCGUCUAUGGGGGUACCCCGUAUCCUACGCGCUUUGAAAACGAUAUCCUUGUGGCGUGCCCAGGAAGGCUAAAAGAUAUCUUCGAAAGAGAUUUGCUCUCCUUCAAGGCCAUUAAGUUCCUCGUUCUUGAUGAAGCCGACCGUAUGCUGGAAAUGGGUUUUGAGGAGCAAAUCGAAUACCUGGUUGCAUCCAGAUACACUGAUAUGCCCAUGGUUGACGAACGCCAGACCCUAAUGUUUAGCGCUACGUUCCCGACUCGCAUUCUUAACCUGGCGCGCCGAUUUCUUCGGAAGUAUUACUACCUCCUCACGAUUGGUCGUGUUGGUUCCACAACAAAGAAUAUCACUCAGGUCAUUGAAAGGGUUCAAGAAACAGAGAAACUGAAUCGUCUGUUUGAACUCAUUUAUGAACAUAAGAAGUCGGAUUUGGUGUUGAUUUUUGUGGAAACGAAAAAGGCCGCCGAUUAUCUUCAUCACGAACUCAAGGUGGAAAAUAUCCCGAGCUCUACGAUUCACGGUGACCGCCGCCAACAAGAUCGCGAGCGUGCACUCGCGGAAUUCAAGUCUGGUGUAACGCCUAUUCUUGUGGCAACUGAUGUGGCCUCGCGUGGAUUGGAUAUCCCUAAUGUCUCGCACGUUAUUCAAUAUGACUUACCGAGCGAGAUGGACGACUAUGUCCACCGUAUUGGUCGUACAGGACGCGCAGGAAAUAAGGGUGUUGCAACGUGCUUCUAUAAUCGUAAUAAUCGCAAGAUCUGCUUGGAGAUGUACAAGUAUCUUCGAGAACACGAACAGAAUAUCCCUUCCUGGUUCAGGGAAGAGGCAGAGUUGGUUGAGGGCGAUGCGAUGUUAAGUCGUGAGUUCGGAGGGAAUCGUCGCCGUGGUGAUGGUGGGGGAAAUAACUAUAACGACCCAUCUCAUGCACGAGAUCCUGAAGAAAAAUGGGGAGGCUCAGCAGCUGCGUCAGGAAGGGGGAAUAGACGCGGUAAGACGGGCUCAAGGGCAGGUAAUUCUGCCGCUGGUGGAAGAUCUCACCUCACAACUGACAUCGAUGAUGGUGGUUUUUGA